AUGCAAGACGAAGCCGCUGCCUUCGAGAACUGCAUUGGAGCAGGGCGGCUGGAGGGGUGGUUUUGCACUUCGUCCAUUGACAACGAGAAGAAAGGAUGGGGUCAUCUGGAGUCCUACAGUUUCCCGGGUCAUCUCUUUUUCCACCUCCAGCGCAGCCCUUCUUUGCGAGGAGUCAGGUAUGGGAAGAAAGACCCGGUGACCUUCGAGGUGGUCGAGUUCAAUGGCCGCUGUGAGGCUGUAAAGCUCCUCCUGCCCAGCAUGCAGCAGGAGGACCCGGAGGAGGCGUGGAAGCCAGAGCCAAGAGAAGUGCUUGGCCAGACCAUGGAGGGGCGAUUAAGCUGCAACUGGCAACUGGUGAAGGCACAGAACUGGGGAUUUGUGGUCUCCGACUUCUUCAGGGGCACUGUCUUCUGGCAUAUCACCGACAACCCGGAGAUGUUGGACUUGGAGUUCAGUAAGGAUGACGUCGUUGAGUUUGAGCUCUACAUCAACGAAACGCGAGGAGACCAGGUUCGCGCAAGGAAGCUGAAGUUCUUGCGUGCAGCCGUCAAGGAUCCUAGGGAUGAGAAGGCUGAGGAAAACAGUCAAAAGCGCAUGGAAAAGAAGCGGCGAUGGCUGGAGAACUGGCGCAAGGGUCCACCGCCGGACUGGGAUUGCAAAGGCUGUGGGUACUUGAACUUCGGCAGGAACAAGAUCUGCAAAACCUGCAGCCACCCGCGGCCUCCACGUGAAGAGUGGCCUGCGGAAGAAGAGGAAGCCUUGCAGAAGGCUGUUGCGCCGAACAUCCAGUCACUCCCAGCUGCCUUCAAGUGCAACCUUCCGGUUCAAUUUCAGCCCUUCGUGGCUGCGCAGCCUGGCCAGGCCCAGUCGAAGGCGCCUUCGGUGCUCGGACCCGGACGAAUGGGCCAAAUGGGCCACGUCCAUCCGCCUGAAGGCCUGCCGACACCUGGGUCUUGCUUUGCGCAGCCUGCACAGAUUGCGCAGCCUGCGCAGCCGUCUACGUGGCACGAUCCAAGUGGUUUGCAGAACCAGCUCGACAACGCGAUGUGGCUUCAAACGCAGCAGCCUUGCGGCCUGCAGCAAGUCAUGGCAAUGCCGGCUACCUCAGCCAUUCCGGUCAUCUCUGCCUUGCCUCCUGCCGCCCCUGCCGUGGCAGCCACACCUGCGGCUACCACCCCCGCGGACGAGGCGUGCUUCCGUGAUUUCGACAAGAUUCUCCAGAAGCGCGCCGACACGGAGGAUGGAGUUGCAGCCAAUGUGAAGGCUUACCUGGACGAGAUGAGCAAGAAGCUGCGCGACGGCAAAGCCAAGCAGGCUUUCGCCGUUCAGCUGUCCAGGCAUCCCUGGUUUGCGGAGACGGGGCAUGAGCUCCGGUUUCGGCCUGGGAUGGGGAAGUUGGACGUCGCCCUGACUCCAGCGGCACGGGCUUUGAAGCGCAAGGCUGGAGAGCAGAGUAACGACUUCUAUUGA